AUGGUGUCAGCUCCGCGUUGGCUCGCCGCCCUCACAACGGCCCUCGGGCUCCCUGAGAACAAAGGCCAGAUAAUGUAUCAGCUUGCAUCGGUCGAUGCGAAUGGCAAUCCUCAUGUUCGCACCAUAGGCCACCGCGGAUUCAUAGAGCCCGAGGGGUCGCCUAACCUUCCUCUUCUGAUGUGCGCGACCGACAUACGGACCCCCAAGGUCACACAGAUCCUCACAAACCCACACGUAGAGCUCAUCUGGUGGCUGUCGGGCUCGAUGGAGCAGUUCCGACUCACCGGCGUCGUUCGGCUGGUACCCCCUCCCGAUGCUCAGCUUCCCGACCUGCCUGUGCAGUCUACGGAGGCGUCGUUGGCGUUCCAGAAGAUGGAUGCGCAGGGCUUUGAGUGGGAGAAGAAACGUGUCGAGACGUACGACGUGCAACCACCCUUCUUGAGGGCAGGCUUCGCCCGCCCGCCUCCCGGGGCGAUCAUCGAGAACUACGAUGUCGGGAAGAGCUGGCCGGGUAUAGUACCGAGGGCAGAGGAUGCGCAGAAUGAGGAGGAGAAGCAGGCUUAUGAGAGGGGAUUGCGCACCUUCGCCCUGAUGUUCUUCGACCCCGUGGAGGUGGACUGGGUCCAGUUGAAGGAGAGGCCCAAUCGGAGGACGAAGUUCAUCAGGAAGGGAGAGGAGUGGUCGGAGUACAUCGCUGUACCGUGA